CAGCAAAGUUUACUAAGCGGUUUGUUUCACUUCCAAAGAGAGUGAGCGUGUAGAGAGAGCGAGAGACAUGGCAUUGAGAACAGCCGUACUUCGCCAUGUUCGAAUACCCGUUCAAACCCUAACCCUAAACGGAUCCAAACAACAGCUAUGGAGUCUACGGUUCAUGUCAUCGCACGAUGAUCAUAUUACCAAAGCAGAAGUUAUUGAGAGAGUCCUCUCUGUGGUCAAGAGCUUCCCCAAAGUCGAUCCUGCCGAGGUGACUCCUGAAGUACAUUUCCAGAAGGAUUUGGGCCUGGAUAGCUUGGACAAUGUGGAGAUUGUAAUGGCCUUAGAAGAGGAGUUUAAGCUGGAAAUUCCUGACAAGGAAGCUGAUAAGAUUGAUUCAUGUAAUCUCGCAAUUGAAUACAUCUCUAACCAUCCAAUGGCUAGCUAAUUUGAGUAGUGAGGUUUCACUCUUUGAAUUUCCUUUUGAGUAAGAAAUUAUCAUCCUCUAUCCUCAUUUGGAUUGACUUUUUGGGUGCUUGUAUGGGUUCGAUCCCUGUAAUGAAGUUGGAAAAUAAUCGAAAUCUGUCUGAUAAAGAAUACAAUUUGCAGAACUUGUAUCUCACGACUUUGUUAUUUUAUGCUGUUAACAUUUUUUAUCCUUGGAUUUGCAAUGAUUUGCUUGGGUGACAUUCGAGAUGCUUACUUGUUUUUGUGUUGAUUUAUAAUUAUGGUUUUGGCAUGUAGAGUUGCA